AUGGCUCCCAAGGCGAAACCCAAACCCUCGGCCACGCCGGCCGUCUCUAUUGAAGAUCUUUUCACAACUCUCGAUCGACAUAUACAAAGGUCAGAGUACGAGCAGGCCGUCAAAGUUGCAGAUCAAGUUCUAUCUGUUGCUCCUGGUGACGAAGAUGCAAUUCGGUGUAAGAUCGUGUCCUUAAUUAAGGCUGAUAACAUCGAUGGUGCUCUUUCUACUAUUGUUGCCUGCUCGAAGAAGUUUCCUUUCGAUUUCGAUUUCUUCAAGGCAUACUGCCUGUACAGACAAAAUAAGUUAGAUGAUGCGAUGGAAGCCUUGAAGGGCCUAGAAAAAGACUCUGCAGCAAUGUUGUUAGAAUCACAGAUUCUAUUUCGGCAAGGAAAGAUGGAUGCUUCUGUGGAUAUAUAUCAAAAGCUCCAGAAGUCAAAAAUAGAGUCACUGGAGAUAAAUCUUGUUGCUGGUUUGGUUUCAGCUGGGAGGGCUUCUGAAGUUCAAGGAAUGAUGGAUGCCAUGCGAGUUAAAGCAACCAGCACCUUUGAGUUGGCAUAUAAUGCUGCAUGUGCGUUGGUUGAAAGGAACAAGUACUCAGAUGCCGAGCAACUCCUACUUUCAGCUAGAAGAAUCGGUCAGGAGACAUUGAUGGAUGAGAAUUUAGCUGAUGACGAGAUAGAGAUCGAAUUGGCACCCAUAGCUGUGCAGUUGGCCUAUGUACAGCAGCUGUUUGGAAACAAACAAGAAGCCAUUGCAUCUUACACAGACCUUAUCAAGCGGAAUCUGCCUGAUGAAUCAUCAAAUGCAGUAGCAAUAAACAAUUUAAUAGCAUUGAAGGGUCCUAAAGAUAUAUCUGAUGGAUUAAGGAAGCUUGAUCGUUUAAUAGAAAAAAGCACUGGAGAUCCGAGCUUCCAGCUUGUCCCUGGACUAGAGUUGAAGCUUUCACCAAAACAGAAGGAAGCAAUCUACAUUAACCGAAUGCUGUUGCUACUUCAUUCUAACAAGAUAGAUCAGGCUCGAGUACUUGCCGAUGCCUUGCCACAGAUGUUUCCUAACAGUGUGACACCGAUACUGCUUCAAGCUGCUGUCUUUGUGAGAGAGAACAAGGCUGGAAAAGCUGAAGAAAUGUUAGGGAAGUAUGCAGAAAAGUUACCCGCCGACAAAUCAAAGAUGGUUCUGCUGGCUAGGGCACAGAUUGCAGCAGCUGCAGGGCAUCCUCAAAUUGCAUCAGAAUCUCUAUCAAAGAUAUCUGAUAUUCAACACAUGCCUGCUACUGUAGCUACUCUUGUCUCUCUCAAAGAACGUGCUGGAGAUAUUGAUGGUGCCAGUGUUGUGCUUGAUUCUGCCGUCAAGUUUUGGUCAAAUGCAAUGACUGAAGAGAGUAAGCUGAGUGUUAUCAUGCAAGAGGCAGCAGCUUUCAAGCUCAAGCACGGGCAGAAGGAGGAAGCUUCAAAACUUUUUGAGGAACUUGUAAAAAGCCAUAAUAGUAUUGAGGCCUUAGUAGGGUUGAUACAAACCGCUGCUUAUACAGAUGUCGAAAAGGCAGAAACUUAUGAGAAACAACUGAAACCACUUCCUGGCUUGAAGUAUGUGGAUGUGAAUGCUUUGGAGAAAACUUCUGGUGCAAAGCACGUUGAAAACGGGCCUCACUUGGGGAAUACUGAACCUCAUGAAACAAAAAGCAAGGAAAAAGCAAAGAAGAAAAGGAAGAGAAAGCCGAGGUACCCAAAAGGGUUUGACCCUGCUAAUCCUGGUCCACCACCAGAUCCAGAGCGAUGGUUACCUAAAAGAGAGAGAUCAAGCUUCAGGCCAAAGAGGAAAGAUAAGAGAGCGGCUCAGAUAAGAGGUUCUCAGGGUGCAGUGGCUAAAGAAGCUGCCAAUACUGGAAACACAAAAUCAAGCCAACCAUCAAAUGCAAAAGGAUCUUCCAGCAGUGCAGCUUCUGCACAACCCAAGCCUUCUUCAAAGUCCUCUAGGAAGAAAUCCAGAAAUUAAAAGUGUACGUGCCUUUGUCCUUCGAUUACAUUUUCUGUGUUAAUUGGUUACGUGUUGAAAUUUUGUACUAUUCUGACCAAAGGGAGGCAGUUCAACUUAUUGCGUAGAUGUGUUUAAAUCGUUUUAUGGUGGCCUUUUUAGUCAUCGAUGAGUUAAGGUCAGGACGUAUUAUAUUGGUUAAUGACUAAUGCAUUACUGUUCCAUUGCA